CGCGACAACCUCAAUUUAUUCAACACCACCAUACGACGGACGACCCAAGACGCGAACUUUGAUGCUUUGUAACUUCAUCAUAUGACAUUCAAUCACGUUCGUUUCUUCUCUCAAUCCUCUACUUUACUAAGUUUCGCACUCCACUUCUUUUCAAUGAUAUAGCUUUCCCAUCCCUCCAGGGUUAUUAAUAUUUCUCUCCACUCUACGUUGCGACCAUGGCGACGAUAGAAGCAAACGGCGAUAAAGGUGGAGACUUUGACGGCGAUCUCUCGCCGACGAAUAAGGAUACUGCACCUUUGACGCAAGCUAUUCCGCCGCUAGAUACCUCGAACAAUGGCAUUGGAUCGCUCAACAUGCGCGCCGACCCCGACGCUCAAGCUACCGUUACCGAUUUCCUCGAUUUUACCGAGUACCUCCCAUCCGACAUGAUGCGAUCCCUUACUCUCAUCGGCAAGCUUGACGAAGCAUACUUCGAAGCUUCUACGACUGUGAAUGAGCUCACUACGACAUGGACAAAGUUGCCAACCUUGCCGACCGAUCAACGUCCCGCACCUGUUGCGCUGCGUAAAGAGAUAUCCGAGAAUAUGAACCGUGCUGUCAGCUCCCGUAUCUUUUCCCAUGCCGAAGCGGUUAGAAUUCACGAGAACGUAGUUAAACACUACUUUAGGGCUAAGACUAUCCAUGCAAAGCUUCAAGCAAUGCGCGAUAAUUUCCCUACCGCCGAGGAACAGAAGAGUCCUACUCAGGUUAAGUCCCCGCAGAUGGUGCGCGCUCCCAAAAUCACCCUCCGGCUUGACAGCAAUGGACAGAAAAUACAGAGACCGCCUCGAAUCACAGUUCCGGGUGAAGUUCUCGCGCCCUACGAGAUCGACUUCAACGCAUAUAGUUCUAUGAGCGAUGAGAGCUCCGACGCUGGCGACGAAGACGAGGAGGAAGAGAUACCUGCAUCCCCUCCUAGACGGGUUACAACACCGUCGGCUCGCAUCAAGGUGGUCAAACCCCCAAAGUCACCGAAGCCUCUUAAGCAGAAACUUCCCAAAACACCACGACCACCUCGUUCGUCAACUAAUAGGGCGGAUGUGACACCCAUGAUGUCUACGAGUUCUGCUCUAGCGCAACUCCAGCCGCCACCGGACAAUGCGGUGCCCGGUAGUACCGACGCACCGUGGCUCCAACUUACACCAUACGAGCUCGCAAAACUACGCAAGCGCAUGAAGAAGAAUGCUGUCUGGAACCCGAGCGAUACAAUGAUAGCUCGCGAAUUGAAGAACCUGGGUCGUGGUGUGGAGGCCUAUCGAGCCGCCCAGAAGCAGGCCGAGGAUGAGGGAAAGCCCUUUGAUGCAGCAAUACCUGCUCCGGUAGUCGAUGCUGAGUCUGGAACCCAGCAUCCCCCCGAAGGUGCAAUUAGCGCUGAAGCUCUGACAGCAGACGAGGUACAGUUAAGCAACCGCGGUAUGAAGUUGAAUGAGGCCAAGAAGCUGAAACGUGAAUCUCUGGCAAGAAUCGCCGCCGAGGAAGCAGAAGAAUCAGCUAGGAAGAUGGAGGAAGCUGCUCGCAUGUUUCUCAGCCACGAUACCUCCCCGUCCGCUGCUGGUAGCGCACCGGACAAACCACCCGAGGCAGGCCAGAGCCAGAGCCAAGGUCAGAACCAGAACCAGAACCAAGGCCAAAAUCAAGGCAAAUCCACCAACAAAGCGAAAACGAGCCGGAAACGGAAGCGCAAUUCGAUGUCGGAAACUCCUAUAUCGGAAAAACCUGAAGGAGUGACAAAUUCCCUAACAAACAAUCAAUCAAACCAAUCCGAGAGGCCUCAACUGAAGAGGACCAAGACUGAGACUCCGGUCCCGUUGCCGCAGCUCACUCCUAGGCCACCGUCGGUACCGCCUCCGCCUCCCGGAGCUAGCGUACCUACUACGGAAACACCAAUCCCUAUACCGCACCUAGGUAGAAUGCCUCAGGUUGCUACUACGAAGACACCGGUACCACCCCCUGUUCCAGUUCCCUCCGACUCCUCUAUGGUGACCACAAGGUCCGCUGCUUCAUCAUCGACCACCAGCCCAGCACCACCAUCAGGUGUUACUACGACGGUGCCUGUCAAACCGCCUGCGGAGACGCCCGUACCAAUGUCUUCCAAGACAUCCGUAGCCCCUAUUUCCGUCCCCCCUCCCGCCCGAGAAGUACCUAAACGAGAAACCAGACAGAACUUGCAACAACCCCCUGCCCCGCUUCCAGCUAACCCUAAACAGUCGAGUUCUAGGAGCAAUACUCCAACGAGUACUCCUGCACCUGCGCCUGCGCCAGAAUCGCAGCCAGCACCGUCUCGUCGGCCUACUUCACGUGGUAAAGCGGCGAGCCAAGAGCCGCCUGCUACCCUUGCAGCGGAACGGCCUCGACGCGCUAGCACCGCUCGAAAUACACCGGCACCCGAACCUCGGCAACCUAGUAAGCGAACCAAGCGACCUGCCCCUGGUGUUGUGACCACAAACUUGGGUGGCACUAGCGCUAUAGGGAAGCGCAAGGCAGCGCCUCGCAAGAAAGCUCGUGGCAACCCAAAGAAGGAGAGAGGUACAAGUCAGCAGGCUGAGCAGGAAGUCGAGGUAGAAGUGGAUGAUGAUGGCAAUGUCAUCGAUCCAGAUGAACCACGAUACUGCCUCUGCAAUAGGGUUAGCUUUGGCACUAUGAUACAGUGCGAUAACGUUGAUAAUUGCAAGCAAGAAUGGUUCCAUCUUGAGUGUGUGGGACUAGCCGAGAUACCGGCUCGUACGACAAAAUGGUACUGUCCUGAUUGUCGUAUCCUCCUCAACAUUGGGGGAAGAGGAGAGGUGACAUCUCGGGGUGUUAAGAUGUAACUGGCGAGCUCUUUAUAGCACCUAUAAUGGCACAUUCGUGCAACUUCUAGGGAUCAUAGAAUCCCCGCGCACCUAUUUCCGAACGAUAUACCCCAGCCGUUUUUUACUAAUUCUUGGUAUUUCCUAUUCUACUUUACAACCUUCCCAAAACACCACCUACCUAGGUAGUUAUUUUCGGGGGGUAAUCACAAAUCUAAGAUCCCUUGGACUCGGAACCACAGUCUUUCGGUAUAGUCCUACACGAGAAGGUAGUCAAGGUCCUAGCAGGCUAGAG